AUGGCUGCCUCCCUCCUGCUAGGUGGUGUAAUAAUAUUGGCAAUAACUGUUCUCGGUGUCCUCUUUUAUUACUUUUCAUCGCCUCUGAAAGGCGUUCACGGAAUACCCACGAUACCUUUCUGGGUGGCACUGAUGCCCCUGGUAAAGGACGUUGACCAGCAAGAGAUUUUCAACAAGUACAUUGAGAAACCACUCCGCAAACAGGGCGCGGUCAAGAUAUUUUUUGCAGGACAAUGGAACGUGUUAAUUCACAAACCAGAAUAUAUAGCCGAAGUUUUCAGACGCGAGGACAUAUAUCAGAAAAGCGGAAACCACAAGAAGAUUCCUCAUAGUGUCCUGGCAGCAUUGCUCGGAGAUAACAUCAUAUCGAGCCGCGGAGAAACCUGGAAAAAGUAUAAGCGGGUUAUCAAACCUACUUUGCAAGUCAGUCCCAACUUGGAAGUGCUGCUUAGCAAUGCUAGACUGUUGAGUAACAUUCUCGUCGAGUCGCAGGCUCUGGCAACAGAGCAAGGCAUACAGGCGAGCAUCCAGAGGCACACCAUUGCAAAUUUUGGAAACACUUACUUCAACGUCAAUCUGAAUGCCCAGAUCAGCAAGGAAAUCUUUAGUCCUGUCUUUAUGAACUUUCCAUUCCUUGACCGUCUACCAUUUCCUAGCAGGAAAAGAGCGAGAAAGCUCGCAUCGCACUUCACGGACCGACUAGUCGUGACGCUGGAGGACGGAGUCAAAGGGGACAAGACGGCUGAUAUUCAGAACAAGCUGUGCACAUCACUCCUCUCAGCUCGAGUCUCUGGAGAACUGACAGAAAAGCAAUUCCGUGACAACACCACCAUCUUGUUUAUGGCUGGUCAGGAAAAUCCCCAGUUGGCCAUCCUAUCGACAAUGUAUUUGCUAGCCAAGCACCAGGACAUACAGGACCACUUAUUUGAUGAGCUUAGCUUGCAGCGUGAAAAACCAGUUGAUGCAGAAUAUUUACACAGCCUUCCAUUACUGACUUCCACCAUAUAUGAGAGCCUGCGGUUGUUCCCACCGAUUGGGCAGCUAAUCAACCGGCGAGUGUCCUCGGCAGUGCGACUGGGAGACGCGAUUUUCAUCCCGCAAGGCACAUAUGUUGGCUACAACUGCUAUUCCACGAACCGAGACCCUGAUGCCUGGGGACAAGAUGCAAAUGACUUUCGGCCAAGUCGGUGGGGAUGCUCGAGGCGGGAUAUACAGAAGGAGUACAGGCGGCGAAGGGCGUCUGCAGAAUUCAUCUCCUUCCACGGUGGACAGCGCGCGUGUCUAGGAGAGCAGUACGCCAUCUUGCAGUUGAAAGCAACUCUGUACACUCUUGUAACACGUCUCCGCUGGCGACUCGACCCAAUGUGGCUGGACAGAAUGACUCCCGCUGGACCGUUAUACCCAAGAAACUUGCGCUUACUCUUUGAAGAGAGGGCAGUGGCGCCCACUUCAAUGGUAGUAGAGUCCUUUGGCUAA